AAAGACGAAAACAAGGAGAGCGAAAGGGACGCGUUAAUCACACCUGUGAUCUUCAUAGAACCCGGAGAAACGAACCGGUGGUUGGGCAAAAAUCAUCGUUUUUUUUUUAUCUUUGAAGAAGUAAAGAUCCUGUCUCAAGCAAUCACGUCUGAUGAUUUCACGUUUUCUUGCUUUACAGUACUUCAGCUACUAAAAAUAGAUGUGUCAUUGAGUUUUUUGACGGUUUACCUUUCGUAUCUGUAAAUUCGACUAGUUUUUAUGCUGGAAUAAACGUUUCUUAAAAAUGCUACAUUCUAAAGCUUAGCUAGGGAAUUUACAAAAACUCUACGAUCUUGUUGAAGCGUUGCUGUUUCUAAGAGCACGCAAGAACUAAGCCAAAAAGCAAUAUUUAAUCUGACGGCUGAAUAUAGUAAAAAGUGCCAAGGGAUGAUCAGAACAGCAGGGUAGCUUACGAGCCGCAUAGUCACAGAAGGCCAUAAAAAAGAUCCUGAAACUCUCAGCCAGAAGGCUUCAAUAUAUAUAUAUAUAUUUUUUUUUUGUUUUUUUUUUGCGGCUAGAAUAAUUAAAAUAUGUCCGUGACUAAUAUGCGUUUGAAUAAUGUUUCACAUUAUUAUUCUGUCUUAUUAUUUAGCUCUCUAAUGGUAUACCCAUAGCACUAUCUUUCGUUCGUUUGUUUACUGCUUGAUUCCUCUGUAACCGUCAAUGGUCAAAACGACUAUGCAACUUCACAGUACUCACUAUUAGUGAAGAUUUUUGCUAUGAUUUUUUCAUUAAAUAAAUGAAAGCUGUCACAUUUACAAUUUAUUUAUAUUGAACCGAUCUUCGUGAUGCCAUGUCCGAUGUUUAGUAUAUGGGAGACGAUGUAUCAGGAUAUAUCUGAGUUGUUCUCUAAUCAUUAACCUCAAUGUGUAGACACGAUGCCCUCAUCAUAUCGAGUCACCGCUGCCGGUUUACGUGCGGCGCAUGUGCACAGACUAAAAUGUCAACCCAUGACAUAUGCGGCCGUUAUGAGGGGCUGGUUGACAUUCAUUGCUCUUUCUAUCAUCGAUAUCACCGAAGUUGAAGUUCCAUCAGCUGUUUGACAAAACGGUUGUGUAAAAUGAAAAAAUUGUAAGUUAACCACGUGUCUACUUCUAUUUUCUGUGGGUGUCAGAGAAGAUCAUUCCGUUAGGCGUCCAUUGUGGUGAAUUCUAACUGCUGAAAAUUAAAGAUAUAGCGAGUAAAUCGGUUGUGCUGAUCUGAUACUAAAUAUAGAAAUAAUAGAUUUUUUUUUCGAUCUUCUGCUUUAUUGAAUUUCGAUAUAAUUCUCCUGUGUAUUUCGACGAUUUUAUGUAAGGGCUCGUAGGUGCAGACGUAAUCGGCCGUGGAAUACACUCCUAGGUUGUGUUACCUGUUAAGUGUCAGCAAGGCAAGGCAAGGCUAUUAUCUAAGGUUCAAUAGAUUUAGAAAUGUCCAAAAACGUUGGGUUAAAAUUUCUGCGUUACAGAAUCGUUCCGCCUACUGCUUGGGAACUCAUGCAGAUGGAAUAUGAGUUCAACCAAAACGCAGAUUUGGCAAUGGCUACCGAUGAUUAUUCCAGAAGUGAUAGCUAUUCCACAAAUCUAACGACGCGAAUUUCAUCAGGCAUCACCGAACUUCAACCAAGCGUCUUCACUUCACGCAGACUUAUCGAAGCACCUGAUGACAGCGCUCUCUGGUCACCGCAAUGCCGGAAUGAAAAAGGCAACCGAUCAAGCGAGGCUACCCAAGAUACAAUUCGUGUUGAAAAUUUGCCUUCGAACGAGGUGAAGAUAAGCGUGAAGAUUUUGGAAGGUCGAAAACACCCAAGCGCAUCUUUGCUAUCUAGAAUUAUUUGUUCACUCCGACGUUCAUGCACUCAAAUAUUGAUACCCGUGAAAUGGUACAGACCGGUUGAAGACCGGGCGUAGGCACAUUGCGUUGCCUGCUAAGGACCAGCUUUCUGAAGCAAUGCUCCUAUUGGAUGGGUAGGUGUAUUGAACAAUGUUGGGGUAGCUUAAGUAUAAUCUCG